AUGUCUCAAAAACAGCCACUGCGCCCGAAAUCGCGGGAUGAAUUCGAGAUCGCUAUCAUCUGCGCUCUAGCACUGGAAGCUGAUGCUGUUCUUACCCUGUUCGACCACCGCUGGGACGAAGAUUUUGGAAAGGCUUACGGCGACCCGAACACGUACUCAACUGGUGUCAUUGGGCAACAUAAUGUGGUUCUGGCACAUCUUCCUGGUACUGGUAAGGUUGCAGCGGCACAUAUUGCAGCCUUCUGCCGUGCAAGCUACUCAGGUAUUCGCUUGGCCCUUGUUGUUGGCACUUGCGGCGGGGUACCAUCCUAUGGGAAAGGGACUGAGAUCUUGCUUGGAGAUGUGAUUAUUAGCACUGGCGUUGUGCAACAUGAUUUUGGCAAGCGUUUUACAGACAAAUUCAGGACGAAGGAUACAGUAGAAGACAGUCUUGGAAGACCGAGUCUUGAAAUAAGAUGUCUUUUGUCGAAGUUGAGAACGAGGUAUCAUCAAGGACGACUACAGAUUGCAACCCAGAAGCAUCUCGAACGGGCGUUGAAGGAAACAAUGAAGUUACGUCUCCGGCAGGGCUUACAAGACCACCUAUUCCCAGCAAAUUAUCGCCACAAACAUCAAGAACCCUCAGAGUGCACGAUAUGUGCUGCUUGCAACGGUAAUUCGGAUCCUGUCUGUGAGAUUGCUCUUAGAUCGAACUGCAAAGAGCUCAAAUGUGAUGCCGAACAGCGCCUCUCACGCGAUCGACUGGGCGGGGUAAAAUUCGACAUCGGUAACGAAAGCUUGAGCUCGAAUAACAAUACUCUGUUUCCAACGAUUCACUUUGGGGCAUUUGCCUCGGGAGAUUCGUUGAUAAGAUCAGCGGAACAUCGCGACCAGCUCGCGACCAGCAAAGACGUCAUAGGGUUUGAGAUGGAGAGUGUUGGGGUUUGGGAAAUUUUUCCGACUGUUGUCAUCAAGGGCGUGUCUAAUUAUACCGACAGUCAUAAGAAUGACGAUUGGCAAGACUUUGCUGCUGCAUCGGCUGCUGCAUGUACCAAAGCAUUUCUUAGAUACUGGGUGUCAACAAAGGAGGAGUAA